AAAAUUGCAAAUUGCAACCCAAAAAUUCUUAUAAAUCGUAAAUUACAGCUAAUUUGACUUUUUCAUCGAUUUACGUGUUAAAAAAUAUUCGAUUAAGUUUUGAGAGGCCAUUUUAGGCCUUAAGAUACCGAUUUAAGUUCAAAAUUAGCAAAAAAAAAAAAAAAAAAAAGAAAAAAAAAAGGAAAGUAAGUAAUACCUUUUUACUUAAAAAAAAAAAAAAAUUCUUACACCACCUUUUCCUUGGUGAAUUUGUUCACUCUUCAGUCUUGUGUGAAUUUGUUCUUCCACCUUACCUCUCUAUUCUCUUCCUCUAUAUUUCUUUUCUAGUUUUCUGCAUUGAUACUUCCUGAGAAGCCGAAAGACUUGAAAUUUUCAUUCUUGUACUAAAUGGAAUCCGAUGAAGAAGCUGGUGAGUUUGAGAAUUCAGCUAGGGAAUCAUUGGAUAUAGGUGUAGGAGAUGGCGUCGUUGAGCCAUAUGAAGGUAUGGAGUUUGAUUCUGAAGAGGCAGCUAAGGUUUUCUAUGAUGAGUAUGCUAGGAAAGUAGGAUUUGUCAUGCGAGUGAUGUCAUGUCGUCGUUCAGAGGUUGAUGGGAGGAUAUUGGCCCGUCGUUUUGGAUGUAAUAAAGAGGGAUAUUGUUUAAGCAUUCGUGGGAAACUUGGUCAGGUCAGGAAACCAAGGGCUAGCACCCGAGGGGGUUGCAAGGCCAUGAUUCUUGUGAAAUUAGAUAAGUUGGGGAAAUGGGUUGUCACGAGGUUUGUUAGAGAUCACAAUCAUCCAUUGGUGGUUUCUGCAAGGGAAGCUCGGAAAAAAAUGGAUGAUAAAGAUAAGAAGAUUCAGGAGUUGACUGCAGAGUUAAGGAAUGAAAAACGUUUAUGCACCUUGUACCAAGAACAAUUGUUUGCUUUUAUGAAAGAUGUUGAAGAUCACAAUGCCCAGAUAAGUAAGAAAGUUCAAGCUGUUCUUAUCAAUCUUAAAGAAAUUGAGAAUCAAGAACCAAAGCCUUAGCAACUGUGAGCAGUAUUAAUCUUGAAGAUGAUGUAGAGAUUAGAAAGUCUGGGAUGGUUCAAGACCUUCAGGUGCAUAACAAUCAGCUGAUAAUCCGGCAUCCCCCACCUUGGUGAUUAAGUGCCAAGAUGUUAUUGGUGGUAGAGUGAUGCUGCAAAUUUGUGAGGUGAUUAGGUGAAGAUAUGAAAGUUGAAGGCAAGUUAUAUGAAUAUAUGUAUUCUUAUAUAAAUCUUGCAGAAUAGGUAUUCUUUAAUGAUGUUGCAGUAUAUAAUUUCAGAUUCACUCUGUUGGUGCCCUUUGGCGUGUUUAUCUGUAAAUAAUACUCCCUUAGAUAAAUAUUAUAUACUCCGUACAUCUUACAUAGUUACAUGGAGUACUAAAUUUGAAUAUUGUAAAAAAGUUGCCGCCUUUCCAAAAAUAAUACUCAUAGAUUAUGAAUGGUUUCCCA